AUGGAGUUCGUCACCGCCCUUCGGGGCACCUUUGACGACAGCAAGCCGUCGCUCUUCGAGGUGCUGUCCGAGCAGCAGCUCAACAACCUCCUCGGCCCGACCCUGCGCUACCUCCUCACCGUCGCGACCCAGCGGCAUCCGCGCUACCUCCUGCGCAUCCUCAACUCCUUCGAGGAGCUUUACGCUCUCUCCAUGCUCGUCGUCGAGCGCCACUACCUGCGCACCCGCGGCGGCUCCUUCACAGAGAACUUCUACGGGCUCAAGCGCGAGAAGGCCCUCAAGGGCGAGAUCCCCCGAGCCAGCAUCGCCGCCCCGCAUCUCGUACGCGACACCCUCAAGCUCUCCACUGCCGAUGUGUGGAAGAACCUGGCCGUCAUGGUCGGCAUCCCCUACCUCAAGUGCAAGCUCGACGAGAGCUACGAGGUGAAUGCGCCCCGAGCACUGCUGGGGGCCGCCUACACGCGCAUGCCCGACAAUCCGACGCUCCGCGACCGCUUCCUUCACUACUACCGCUGGUUUCUCCGCAACAUAUACCCGAGCGUCAACGCUGCGUACUACUUCGCCAUCCUGGCCUUCAACCUGGCCUACCUCUUUGACCGCACCAAAUACCACAACCCGCUUAUGUGGCUCAUCGGCACGAGGUUACGGAGGAUGACUGCCGCCGACUACCAGGCCAUUGAGGCGCUUACCGAGAAGCCCAAGUCAGCGGCCAGGCCCGGCGUCAGGUCCUUCUUCUCGCCUAGCGUGCUGGGUUCCAAGGCCCUGUCGAGCUUGUCACUGCUCCUCCCAAUGAGCAUCUUUGCCCUCAAGUUUUUGGAGUGGUGGCAUCAGUCCGACUUUGCCAAGCAGCUGUCGCGCAAGGCUACAGAACACAUCGACUUGCCGCCCCCCGUUAUAUCUGGACUAGAACGCAAGUCCGCGCUCAAGAAGACAACAAAGAUAGAGGGCAGAGAUGCCGAGGACACUGGUGCUGGCGAUGGCGAGAUCUCGACCGAGGAGGCACCGAUUGCGACGCCGUCGAUGCUUCCCAUCUACGUGGUGCGUCCGCCUCAGGACACAUCAAUCUGUCCAAUCUGCCAGGACGAAAUCGUUACGCCGACGGCCUGCCAGACAGGCGUUGUGUAUUGCUACACGUGCAUUCACCGCUGGCUUGAAGGAAACCACGACAGGCAGGAAAAAUUCAUGGAGGAGCGUGCAGGGAAAUGGGAAAACGGACAAGGGCGAUGCGCCGUAACGGGGAAACGUGUUCUAGGUGGGACAGACGGGCUGAGACGCAUCAUGGUUUGA